AUGUCGAGAUCUUUGAAGGGUGUUCUGCCCGCCAAGAGGCUAAGUCUUACUGAUACUCUGGACCGCAUGACAACCAUGAAUGAUGAAGAAAUCUUCACCAUGGUUGAAGAUUUAGACAAGACUGUCGAAGAGCUCAAAGCCUAUCGUCCCUAUGCGCCCAAGACUCAAAAGGAGCAAGAUUACCAUCUCGGUUUGUAUCGUGAGUUUGUGAGAAUCGUCUCCAAGUUGCCAGCUGGCAGUACAGAGGCCGAAAUCGACGCUGUCUGUUUCCCGGAGAACCACGACAAGCUUCCAAAGCAGCUUUCGAUGUUCUUGGUUUGGAUCUUCCAGCGCGCCAAGCCUAGAAGCGCUGCUUCCGGCAACUACAUUCAAUACCGCUCUCUCGUUAAGUACCGUGGAUCUUUACUCUACUGGAUCAAGCGUAUCUACGAUGAAAGAGAUGUGCCUCCUCCUCACGGUCCCAAGUUGUUCAACUCCAUGUCCCGAAGCAUGCAAGCCAUUCAAGCCAAGCUCAACAAAGAUGGCCCCAAGAAGUCAAUCAAGACCUUCCUUGGUCUCGGCGAACUUCGCCAACUGAUCGACUUUGAGAUGUUCUCCAACAAUUCCAUUGAGAACAGUGAGCAACAUCAAGCUGCGUGGUGCAUUGGCCGUAUGGUUGCCGUGAGACCCGGCUCUAUCGCACCCUCAGCCGCCGGUCGUCAGCAGCCACUGAAGUGGAAAGACAUCAAAUUUCGCCGCUAUGACAAUGAUCCGGCCAAGUUCCAGGCACAAAUUACCUUUCCGACUAUCAACAUCAAGGCACCUGAGAACCUGGAUCAGAAUGUCGUUGGCGUUGCCAGAGAAGACGCAAGAUCUCUGCAAGUCUUUGUCAAUUCCCCCGAGCAAGCCGAGGAGCUCAUCUUCUCUGUGCCCCAUCGUCUUCUCCUGAUGGCAAUCCGUCGCAACCUCCUAGUCGGCAUCAAGACAAUUGAGGAGCUUCUUACUGGUGAACAAGCCUUUAUCCAGAUCAAGCAACGCCAUCUGGAUGACCCUCUCUUUUACAGGAGCAAGCCGCAUGGUGCCGGCAUUGAUACCACCUCUCCGAUGACUGCCACCGGUCUCUCGGUUUACCUUCGUGAACGUGGUGCUCAUCUUGGCUAUCAAUUCCCAGUCACCUGGUACAGCAUCCGCCGACGCGCUGCGACCGACCUGGCUCGCAUUGAGGGUGCCGAUACGGCCCGCUGGCUGCUCGGCCAUGCCCCAGGCACCACCACCUUGGAACGCUUUUACUUGGCUCUUGCACCGGCAGUGGAUGUCACUUCGCUGGGCCUCGGCCACACAGGCGACACCGGCCAGAGCGCAGUGCAGAUGGCCGCAGCUUGGACCGCACCUCUCGCUACUUCGAAGCUCACGUCCGCUCAAAUGGACCAGAUCAAGAAUGGUAUUGGCAUUCUCACUCGCCGUCUUAUCGCUCAAGACCCCGAUUGGCGUGACGACUUCUCUAAAGCCGAGCUGAAGAAUUACAUGAAGCGUGUGCGCAAGUUCGCCUUCAGAAAACUUACCUCCGAACUUCAUGUUCUUCAGACAGCCACAAUCACAUCCGGCGAGAUGUCAGCUCGUCUCAAGGCUACCUCUGCAUCCAACUUCGCCCAAGCAGUCAUUGCUCGUUGCGAAGCCGACAUGGAUGAGAUUGCCUCCGAGGAAGUUUCUGACGAGGCCUUGUUCGAGGACGAUCCUGCUUAUCAGCUUGACGACGAAGAGGCUGCGACAGGCACUAAUGAUGAGCCCGAGCCGGACAUUGAGUCCGAGAUCGAUCGCCCUGACCUUGGCGAGAAGCCUCUGGUGCUUUCGCCUGACACUAACGACGACAUCACCACGUCGAGUGUGCCUUAUGCUCAGCAGGUCGCUGUUUUCAUGCAGCUCCUUCUCGACAACACAUUGAACACCAAAAAGACAUUCAAGGAGACCGACAGGCGCUGUUACGAAUGUCAGGUCGACGAGACUAUGCCUCAGGCUGCCAAGGAGAAGCAGUGGCUCAAUGCCACCAAGCUCAAUUCUCACAUGGAAAGCGCUGUUCAUUCUCUUUACAAGCAGUGGCAACGUCGAGCCGAAGUCGCAGCUGAAGAGUACUCCAACCUCCUUACUGUCGGGGACGGUGACGACACUUACCAGUGCAAGUAUUGUCCUCUCGAUCCUCCCCGUUUGUUCCCCAGCAUCGAGGAACUUGAGGAGCAUAUCAUGACGAGUAAUGAGGAGACCAACAGCCUCGAACACGAGGAGAAGAAGGAGAUAGACGGCUGGAUGGAAUUCGAUUUCCGUGGUAUGGCAUCUAGUUACAAUCAGAGAGAGACUAUGAAGCGCCGCAAGCGCCGUUUGGAAGAUGCCGGCUUCGUCGUCGAACCUGCUCUCCCUGGCCCUGUUCCUCACAAGAAGAGAGCUGGAAUCCAGCACGGCUGGUGGUACAACGAAGUGCCUCCCCGCUUCGAGGGCUUCGUUGUUCAGACAGAGCAUGCUGUUGUUCCCACUAUCCCGGAGCAUCUCCGCGAGUUCAUCACCGUCACGGACAAGGCCACAAUGUGGGAGUAUGAUGAGCUUCCAGAGGACUUCCAAGAGAUGAUCCGCGAGACUUCCGCUUCUCAGACCAUCAAGGAGUUUGAGGAUGAGGAGAUGGAGGACGAGUGA